UAAAGAAUAAAUUGCGUUUAAGAGAAAGCAAAGCAAAACCAAAAGAUAUGGCAAAGAACAUCAACUCAGUCAGCUUCACCGUUCUCUUAUUUGUCUUUUUCAUGGCUACCACUGAAAUCCUGAAGAGCGAUGCUGCAGCACCUGGAUGCUUCACGUUCCUAGAGGAGUGCGGCCCAGCCCCAUUCCUUGGUACGAAUGUUGAUUGCUCUAUAUGUUGCAGACGCACAUACAAUGGUCAAAAAGUAUGUAAAGGGGUUGUUGAGGGAAGCGACAAACACUGCCAUUGCUACCAAAGAACAAAAGAAGAGUGACCUGUGUUUCGUUGGUUUUAAUGAGUGUUUACAUUGAUGUACAAGUUUCUUUCGUUUCCAAAUAAAACAUCAAUGGAAAAGUUUGUCACUACUUGUCCCUAAAUGCAAAAUAGAUGUUGUGU